AUAUAGUGAAUGCAGGGACCGGGGAGACCGGAUCUAGUGAAUGCAGGGCCCGGGGAGAGCGGAUAUAGUGAAUGCAGGGUCCGGGGAGACCGGAUAUAGUGAAUGUAGGGUCCGGGGAGAGCGGAUAUAGUGAAUGCAGGGUCCGGGGAGACCGGAUAUAGUGAAUGCAGGGUCCGGGGAGACCGGAUAUAGUGAAUGCGGGGUCCGGGGAGAGCGGAGUAUAGUGAAUGCGGGGUCCGGGGAGACCGGAUAUAGUGAAUGCAGGGGUCUGGGGAGAGCGGAUAUAGUGAAUGCAGGGUCCGGGGAGAGCGGAUAUAGUGAAUGUAGGGUCCGGGGAGACGGGAUAUAGUGAAUGCAGGGUCCAGGGAGAGCGGAUAUAGUGAAUGCGGGGUCCGGGAGAG